AGAAAGGGUUUUAGCUCUGCGAGUUGGUUUGAUGGCGCGUCGCAAAUCCAACGCGCCGCCGAAAGCCACGCGCCAGCCUGCCAAGCAAAAGUUCUCCAGCGCCGAGAGAUCAUCUCUGUACGCAUCAAGGGAAGCAGCUAAGGUCCUCGGCACAGCUCUCCGAGGAGACGCCGAGCGUCGAGCCGUCGCUUCGAUAAAGUCACUCGUCUUCAGCCCUUCCGUCCGCAACAAACGCGGCACCUUCGCUCUCGUCUGCGAGACCCUCAAACAUCUUACUGUAAUAAAAGAAGUUCUUGAAAUCGCUAACGCGUUGAAUAGCAAAUGGAAGAGACAAGAACCAUUGGUUUACAUUAUUUGCUAUGAUAUCCUUUUCGGAAAGGAGCCUCCAUUAAUUGGUGAUGCUGAGAAGUUUCUAAUGAAACGUAAAGAUGCUCUAGUGUCAAGUCUAGCCACGCUUCUAGUGAGGAAGAAAGCUGAAACUGUUGAUAAGUUGUUGGGUGUUUCUCAGCUCAAUGGUCCUUUGAAACCACGUUAUGUUCACGUAAAUACACUCAAGAUGGAUGUUGAUUCGGCAGUGCAGGAGCUGGGGAAGCUAUAUAAGGUGCAGAAGGAUGAGACAGUUCCUGACCUGUUGGUGAUGCCACCUGGCAGCGAUUUGCAUGCUCAUCAUUUGGUUAAGAAUGGGCGUACAUUUUUGCAGGGAAAGGGAAGUGCAAUGGUAGCAGUAGCACUACAGCCAGAAGCAGAUUGGGAGGUUAUUGAUGCAUGUGCAGCUCCAGGAAACAAAACUAUUAAUCUUGCUGCUCUUAUGAAAGGACAAGGGAAAAUCAUAGCGUGUGAGCUAAAUGAAGAACGUGUAAAGCGUUUGGAACAGACUAUUAAGCUCUCUGGUGCUACCAAUAUUGAAGUCUCUCAUGGUGAUUUUUUGGGACUAAAUCCGGAAGAUCCUUCUUUUGCAAAGGUUCGGGCUAUAUUGUUGGAUCCUUCUUGCUCUGGCUCAGGAACCAUUACAGAUCGUUUGGACCACCUUCUUCCUUCUCAUUCAGCAGAUAACAAGAACUAUGACUCCAUAAGACUCCACAAACUCGCUGUUUUCCAGAAGAAGGCUCUUGCUCAUGCACUCUCCUUUCCACAGGUUGAGAGAGUCGUAUACAGCACAUGCUCCAUCCACCAGAUAGAAAACGAAGAUGUGGUCUCAUCUGUUUUGCCAUUGGCUUCAUCCUUGGGCUUCGAACUCGCUACCCCUUUCCCUCAGUGGCAGCGUCGUGGUCUCCCUGUAUUAGCAGGAUCUGAGCAUUUACUCAGGAUGGAUCCAGAGGAGGACAAAGAAGGGUUCUUCAUCGCUUUGUUCACCAAGACAAGCAAACUCGAGAACUCGAACUCGUCUGAGAUUCCUGAAAGAGAGUGUAGAAGAAGACGCAAACAGGGUCAUCCGUUUCUUUGGCCUAAAGUGUUCUUCAGAGCUUGGAAUGGGCGGAUGAGUAGCUUCAUAUCAAGUAGCAACUCAGAAGACUACGUUUCUUAAUUCUCACGUAAUAGACUUGAUAGUUAUCAAACUUUUGUUUAAUCUUCAUGUCGUCAUAUUGAUGUUUUGCAACAAAGGCAUGGAAGACUUCUGAAAAGUAAAAACAAGAACCUCUUUAACUUUGA